AUGAAUCAGUUUGGCGGAAAGUUCAUUGUACAAGUGAUUAGGUUCAAACGUCGACCUACUAUAAAACCUAUCCUUCCAAAAGGUUAUCAACCUGUUGAAGGUUUUGAAUAUGAAUGGACUAUGUUAUACCUCAUGAGAGGAAUGGCACUAGGAUUGGAUGUUCGUCUUAUUGAUAGAAAGGUUUACGUAGCAAACAUCAUGCCGGACAGCAUAGCAUCAAUGUCGUUGCUCAUUGGAGAAUGCAUAGUCGACGUUGAAGGAGAAUUAGUUACGUCCAUACCUCAACUAACUACCUCUAUGGUAAAAGCAAUGGAUAGGAAUGGACAGGCGCGCCUACUUGUUGAAGAACCUGGAAAUGAUAUGCUUCGUAAUAUGCUUCGAGCAAAGAUUGCUGUAAGUAUAUUUGCGAAUGCCAACUUUUGUUAG